GCAACAAGUACAUGGCUCGUGCAUUUAUAAGACAGUUAAUUAUAUGAGAGGCUUGAGGGCUUCUGCCUUUUUACGCAGUUCAACCAAUCUCCCUUUACUGGCUUCAUCCUAUCCUAGAUAUAUACCUAACAUAUGUCUUAGACCUACAUAUGUACCUCUUAGGUACACACGACGAGUCGUCUCGUUCGGAUGCCGACCUUCUUCUCUAUAAUACGAGGUCAGAACGAAUUAUGAUGAAGCGGGAUGCUGCAGAUAUGAGAUUUCGGAUGCACAUAAGAGUAUUGAGAGCAAAUCAGGUUGAUUGACUAAUCUCAUCUAACUGCGUUUUAUCCAUCUGUUAGUUGAUUAUUCUAACCGAUUCUUCAAAAGUAUAAACCCUCCGGAUCGAUCUUACGAUUGAUCGAAUUUAUCAUAACAUAACUGAAGGAUAAUGUGAAAAAUGGCAACACCAACACCUGCUUUACCUCCACCUCCCGGAGUGACAUCUGAUUUCGUGAACCCGCCAUCUUUAGUCAAAGAAAUGAACAUUGCCAUCGCAAUCGCCGUUCCUUUGAUAAUGAUUUUCUUUGGCCUUAGGACAUACGUCAGAAUCUUUAUUAGGCGGACGUGGACCUUUGAAGACUGGCUCGCGCUCACUGCUUGGGUUGGUACGGUUUCCUUCGCUGGCGUCGGUGCUGCUACGAUGGCACAUAAUGGUGGGAAACAUGGGUGGGAUAUUACACCCGCUCAAGCUCAGGAAGCGUCUUAUUGGUUCAAUGUAGCUUCCAUCCACUAUGGGAUCACGAUUUGCGUUGCAAAGCUCUCAGUGUUGUGGCUCUACCGUCGAAUCUUCUCUCCUCAGCGUGCGACUCCUUUUGACAUCACCAUCGUAUUUCUGAUUGUCCUACUCAUCAUGUUCUACACGGCAAUUAAUAUCGUUAAGAUAUGGGAGUGCGUCCCUAGGGAAAAGAUUUUGAACGACAAGAUCCCGGGAUCUUGUAUUAAUACUCCCAUACUACUCAAUACCAGCGGGAUCUUCAAUACGGUGACCGAUUUGAUUAUUCUCUUGCUUCCAGUAAGGGCAGUCUGGGGGCUGAAUAUGAGUCCGCGGGAAAAGGUGGCUGUCGUAUUGGUAUUUACGUUUGGUUUAAGCGCUCCCGCAUUUAGUCUGGCGGGCACUAUUGUACGGCUGCAAGGCACCAACAACCCUGACAAGACUUGGGUUCAGCCUGAUAUCAUUAUGUGGGGGCUGGCCGAGUUGACGACGGGAAUACUUUGCGUAAGUUUUCCAGAAACGGGGCUGCUAUGGAAAAAGAAAGAACAUCCCGGACCGACUGCUAGUAUUUUGAAUGGGAGAUAUCGCUUCAAACCCCCUUUAUCACGAAGGAAGCAAGGUACUGGAUUUUCUACAGUUAUGUCUCGGAGCACUAGGCAGUUAGAUAGUGAGACACAUAUUGAAUUAGAGGAGGCAGAUGUGCAUGGUAACGACACUCAGCAAGAAGAUAGGGGAGAUAGCCAUCAUUAUAAAAGUAAUGGCAAGUUUACCUCAGGCAGUAGGUAGGUAGGUACCUAUUUCGGUGGAUUAUACAUGUAACUAGGCAGUGUCAGGAUUCCUGAUGGGACAUCUAGAACAAAGAACGUGUUUAGUAUAUAUAGACGUAGACUCUAGCACAUGUAGUCUUAUCACUUACGAUAUUCCUUACUAC